UCUUUUCGUCAUUUAUUAAUUUAGUCCCAGAGUCGCGACAUAAAAUGUCUUGUGCAGCUUAUUAAUUAAACAGGCAAUUUCCCCGGAGUGACAUUCCCGCGAACAAACUCCGAGAGACAGUCGCCACCGCCCACCACCCGUGCUGGGACGAUUGAUUGAUUCUAGAUUCUGAUUCCGCACCGCGCAUCAAGUAUUCCCCUUCCUCUCCUCGGCAAACCUCCAGGAGCACUCAUAAAAUCAGGAUGAGGAGUUACAAGAGCAAUCAUCUGGGUCAACAGUCCAAGCUUGCCAAGCAACUGACAAAGGCAGCGGCAGCCAUCAGGAUCCCAGACGACGACGAGUCGGAGAGAAGUCUCAAGAUGACUAGCAUACCGGAGGAUGUUGAUGACCGAGACGAUCAGCAACUGCAGGAUCAGGAAUCCAGCGACAAGCUCAUGGAGCGCUUGAAUGCCCCAGUUGUGCGAAACGACGAUGCUGUCACAACAAUGCGGAUGCAAAUGAUUCGUGAGCUCACGCGUCGUCUAGAGGCAAAGAAGCAAAACAUGAAUGAAGCUCAGAGAAAGAAGAUCCCAUCUGUAGCCAUCAAACUAGAAGCACACUUGUUUAGCAAGGCCAACGGAUGCCUGCACACAUAUCGAGAUCCUGCCACGUUGCAACAGCGCUUCAAGGGGAUCCUGACGGCACUGCUAAGGCGCAAACUGGAACAAGCCCACGCAGAGGCAGCGAUGACGAUGGAUACGCCCUCCAAUCGGCUAGAGGCUCUGACCGAGGCGGGGGUAGACCCAGCAGUAGUGGGGCAGGUCUACUUUUUGGUCCAGCAAAUAGCGCAUCUUCAGGAAGGAGUACCAAUGGACCAGACACCUGCCCCCAAAGGUACCAAGUUCCAGUGCUUGCUUGACAUUGAAGGAGGGCAGGUCAUCCCCAAGGAAGUCAAAGGAAUAUUUGUGAAUGUCCCCAUUGUCAAUGCUUAUAUGUACACACCAAUGCAUCGAUUAGGUGAACACAACUGGCCUCGUCUGGUAAAGCACACGGAGAAGGCAAUUCGAGAUUAUCACAACUUUAUUGCCGAGAAGAAGGCAAAACUUCAAUCUAAAGGGGGUUGAAUUUCAACUGAAGCAACCAAAUCAAGCAAACAUACAUAGCAGCUAGCUAGGGCACAAUAGCAUCCAUUCCAUGUACACUUUCUGCACAAGUAUUCUCGAUACAGCUAGCUAGCUAGCUGACUAGUCGUAACAAAAAUCUGGCUAAGGAACCUAUUAUUGGCUGGUCGCCGCUGGUGCAUCGC